UUUGUUGGAGACUAGAUUCUGUGUGCAGCAUUUAACAGAUACCAUGUAGUUCUAUUUUCUAUCUAAACAAGACUUGAAUCUUCUCCUGAGUUCCUUUUCGUUCCUACUUAUUUACUCGUCUUCUUUGUUAUCUACUGUAAGUGACAUACAACAGAGACCCAGUGCCAAAAGAAAAAGACAUUUUCACAGAGAGAAUUCGUAUAUAUAUUUUUUUGUUUAUAAAUUGACAAUGACAAUUGGUUAUUCAGUACUCUGUAUUUUUAUAGCACAGAACAUUGAAUUCAGUAAAAUCAGUAAAGGAUUAAUAUAUUUUAUUACUUUCGCUAUUUGCAUUCUAAACUAUUGAAUUAAUUUCAUUCUUAAUUACGUUUUUUGCAAUGAAAUUUAAAUUUCCUUCCCUGUUAUCUUCAUAUAGUAAAAUAAAAUAUAUACAAACAUUGUCUAGAAACUUUGGAGAUAAAGUGCCAAUAGGUCCUGUAAAUUCUUUGGAAAAGUGCGAAAACAAAAAGGUAGUAAUAGACCAAAACACACUCGGACUCUUGGAAAGACUUUCUUUGGUAAAAUGCGAUACAGCGGAUGGAAUUAAAGUAUUAGAAGAUUCUAUUGCAUUUGCUAAUAAAAUUCUUCACAUAAACACAGAUAAUGUGCAACCUAUGUACUCUGUUCUAGAAGAAGAAAAUCUUAAUUUGCGGAUAGAUAAAGUUACCCAAGGAAACUGCCAAAAAGACAUUUUGAAAAAUGCAUGUGUAACAGAGGAUGAUUAUUUUGUUGCCCCACCAGGAAACAUACCACUGCAAGACAUCAAAGUUAAAGAGAUAAAACAGGCUCAAAAAAAUGAAAACUGA